AUGGGGGACCAUCACCUUUCCGCCAACCAGCAGGAAUCGCCUUUCAACCUCAUCUACAUAGGUAAGAAUGGACAGAGGAACGGACAGAGGAACGGACAGAGCAACGGACAGAGCAACGGACAGAGCAACGGACAGAGGAACGGACAGAGGAAUGGACAGAGGAACGGACAGAAGAACGGACAGAAGAAUAGACAGAGGAACGGACAGAGCAGCGGACAGAGCAGCGGACAGAGGAACGGACAGAGCAACGGACAGAGGAACGGACAGAGGAACGGACAGAGGAACGGACAGAAGAAUGGACAGAGGAACGGACAGAGCAGCGGACAGAGGAACGGACAGAGGAACGGACAGAGGAACGGACAGAGGAACGGACAGAGGAACGGACAGAGGAAGGGACAGAGGAACGGACAGAGGAACGGACAGAGGAACGGACAGAGGAACGGACAGAAGAACGGACAGCAGAAUGGACAGAGGAACGGACAGAGCAACGGACAGAGGAACGGACAGAAGAACGGACAGAAGAAUGGACAGAGGAACGGACAGAGGAACGGACAGAGGAACGGACAGAGGAACGGACAGAGGAGCGGACAGAGGAACGGACAGAGGAACGGAUACGCAGACGGACGGGUAAUCGGACGGACAGACGUCCAGAAGGCAAUAUUGGCGCACGUGGUGCCUGCUCUUUGGAUGCUCUUGGGUGCUCUUGGUGGUGACGAUGCUGUUGCUGAUGCUGCACAACUUCUACCCGAGACCAAGCUAAAUCAACAUUAA